AUGCUCUCCAGACUUGCAAAAUCCAAUGUUCUUCAACAAGGUGAACUUUUUUUUUAUUUGAAAAAUUGAAAAAAAAUUUUCCAUAAUUUUUUUUCUCAAAAAAAAAAAAAGAAAACUCGGAAAUCCUCCCAUGAGAAUGUUUAUUUUUUUGGGAAAUAAACAAAAAAAAAGAUUUUUUGAAAAUAAAAAAAAAUGAUUUUUUGAAGAAAAAAUCAGUUCAAACAACGUAGAAUCUUAUCAAAAAAUAAAAAUUUGAUAAGAACCGAACAGUUUAUUUUGAUAACUAAUAAAACUAAUAAAAAAUUGGUAAAAACAAAAAAGGAAACCAGUUUUAUAGGUCGUGGUUUGGCGCAAAUCGCCAACGCGGAACCAAAUGCGCCCACAAUCAAAACAGCGAUUCCCGGACCAAAAUCAUUGGAAUUAAAGGCGCAAAUGGAUCCAGUGCAUGUAAGAAAAUCGAUAUUUUUACUACUGUAAUUUCUAGGCUAGAAAUCUGGGUAGAAAAAGCUCAAGAUUUACCCAAAGUUGUGCAAUUCUACACAUUAUUUUGUUGUAUAUCUUUUGAUUCUGUUCAAAAUUAGUGUAAAGGUCAGCUGCUGUGUAAAAAAAAAGAAAAAAUGGGGAGAUUUGGCAGAUGGCCGAGAGUUUUUUUGAAUGUUUGAGCUCGAAAAAUGGGGAAGAGCACGUGGAAAAAGUACGGUGUGUGCAUUUGCGCGUCACGGUGUUUGCAGACAGUUACUUUAUAGGCGGAGUUCAGCCUUGAAAAUUCAGUUUUCACGCUGAACAACGUGGAAAAACUGAAAUCGCUGCGAGACCACACUCUUUCGAAAAAUGUGUGCGCCUUUGAUUCGCAGUUUUCAGCCGUUAACUAUUUUGAAUAUGCGUUUCAGUAAAAAGCAAAUGGUUUUCCUGAUUCAUCUCGACGAGACGAAUCAGAUGGUAUAUUCAGCGUUUUCUGAAAAUGCCUCUAACAUGCUGAAAAUGCUCUGAAAUUGUAAUUUCAGCUGAAACCACUAUCCGUGUGUAAACACCGCGACGCACAAGUGCACAAAUCAAGAAGUACCGUAGUAAAAAUUAAUUUCCAGCAAACCACAUCGGUCCGAUUCUUCGUCGACUACGAAAAAUCGUUCGGAAACUACGUCGUCGAUGCGGACGGCAAUCAACUUCUCGACGUCUACACUCAAAUCUCAUCUCUUCCUCUCGGCUACAAUCAUCCGGAUUUGGUCGAAGUUGCGGCAACUCCACGAUUGAUUGUGAGCUUUUAUUCUUAUUUAUAUUGUUCUUCAAGGAAAUCCCCGUGUUUUUCCAGACAUCUUUGGUUUCUCGCCCAGCUCUUGGCUCAUUUCCCCGUACCGAUUAUGGAAAAGGCGUCGAACAUUCAUUGACUUCAAUCGCGCCAAAAGGUUUGAAAGCGGUUCAAACAAUGCUUUGUGGAACAUCAGCCAACGAAAAUGCUAUCAAAACCGCAUUCAUCUGGUAUCAAGCGCAAAGACGUGGUGGAAAAGGCCCAGAUGCUGCCGCUUUGGAAUCUUGUAUGAAUCAACAAAAACCAGGAACUCCAAAUCUAUCGGUUAUGGGUUUCCAAGGCGCUUUCCACGGUAGAUCACUCUGCAUGUUGUCAGUUACAAGAAGUAAAGCGAUUCAUAAGGUGAGAGAAAAAUCCAAAAAAAAAGUUCUGCCCUCACGCAGGAUUGAACUACGGACCUUUGGUUUACAAGACCAACGCUCUGCCACUGAGCUAUAAGGGCGACGUUGUCCACUUGUUUAAUUUUCAAUGACAUAUAUGUUUGUUUCUCUGCCUCUCGCAAGACGAAAUUUGCAGGUCGAUAUUCCCGCGUUGGAUUGGCCCAUUGCCAAAUUCCCUCGCUACAAAUAUCCACUCGACAAAAACGUGGAAUACAACAAUGCGCAAGACAAAGAAUGCCUGAAAGACGUGGAGGAAAAAAUCGCUGAAUGGAAAAAACGCGACAAUGACGUGGCGGCGCUGAUCGUCGAACCGAUUCAAGCCGAAGGUGGCGAUCACUAUGGAUCACCGCAAUUCUUUCAAGGAUUGAGAGAUAUCACCAAGAAGAAUGGUGUUGUGUUUAUUGUGGAUGAGGUGCAAACUGGUGGCGGUGGAACUGGUGACAUUUGGGCACAUGAUCAUUGGAAUUUGUCGAGUCCACCCGAUAUUGUUACUUUUUCGAAGAAACUUCUCACCGGUGGUUAUUUCUAUGCCGAACAUUUGAGAGUUAAAGAGGUAUUGGAAAAAUGUGCGAGGGUUGCAUUUAAGCCACGCCCACUUGAGGGAAUGGUGAAAUUUUGAAAAUUUCCCGAUUUUUUGUACCCAAUAUCUAAAUUUCAGGCCUACCGUAUCUACAAUACUUGGUGCGGAGACCCGACAAAAUUGCUUCUUUUGGACAAAGCCAUCGAAGUCAUCAAAAGGGACAAAUUAGUGGAGAAAUCGAAAUUAAUCGGUGUUGAAUUCCAAAAAAAUCUGGCGCAACUUCAAGCCGCCCACAGUUCGAAAUUGGAUCAGGCCAGAGGUCGCGGAACUUUUGCCGCCAUCGAUUUUCCAACUUCAGCGCUCAGAGAUAAACUCGUUGAUACGGUAAGUUCAGAAUCUAGAGUUUUUUAUUCUCAAAAAAAUUUUCAGGCGAUCGCAAAUGGUUUACAUUGUGGUGGUUGUGGUGACAAAUCACUUCGAUUCCGUCCUUCUUUGGUUUACGAAAAACGCCAUCUUGAACAAACUUUCGAACUUCUUAACAAAUCUCUUAAACAAAUUUAA